ACCUUUCGUUAGAAAAUCCAUACUCAUAACUCCUAUGUUCAGUGAUUAAACCGACCUCUCCGCUUCCCUUGCUCCUCCAUCGUCGCUCUCCCUCAAUAUCGCCGUCAUCGCCGCUGCCGCCGGCGUGGAGCGUCUGCCAGAUUUCAGAAGCCAAUCUGUUCACUGGCGACAUUUUGGAUCCUCUUGAAGUCUAAAGCUCUAGGAAUGGACCCCAAGCACACAGGAGAGAUUUUGAAGCAUUUGGAGAAGCAGGAUGAGUUUCUUAUGGAUGCUUAUAGAUCAAUGUCCCAUGAACUACAUAAACUUCAGGUAGAAGAAGAAAUGCUCAUGCGCAAGUUUUAUGAAAUAAUGUCAGCUCAUGGUCUAACAAAGAAGAGAGAAGAUGAUCAUAAUAGUUCUGGCAGCGUAAGGAAUGGCGAUAACAACAACUAAUACUGACACCAAAUGGAACUGGAAGGUAAAAUUUACCAAAGCCACUCUGUCCACCGGAAAAGGAAAGUCUCGAUGUGACACAUGUUUUUACAUCUUUUUUUCCAUACUAUAAAUGAAACAUUUUGUUCAAAUAUAGGAAAUGAAAGGGAAAAAAUUAUAUAUUUGAGUCAUGAAUUAUUAUAGCAUGUAUCAAUAAUAGUAAACCAAAUAUGUAUAUUGAUAUAAUAAUAAUUAAUAAAUAGUAUUGGAUAUCAAAAAAUGAAACUGAACUUAAA